AUGGAUGAAGAACAUGAAAGAGAGCACCAUGAAUCCUACGAUCACGCUGGUGGAGCCCCUGGCGAGCGGCCGUCGAAAGUGGCGCUCGCUCUGCAGCAUCGUGAGCCGGCGCAGCCGGCGCCGCAGCAUGACAGCCACCACCACCAGCAGCAGCAGCAGCAGCAGCAGCAGCAGCAGCAGCAGCAGCAGCACCAUCACCACCACCAGCACCACGGCGGCGAGCUUGACGACCGUAUCCUGCUGCUGUUUGACCUGAACGGCGUGCUCACGGACCACACCCCGCCGCGCGAGGAGGGCCGCUACAUCCGCCGCGACCACGUGGUGCGGCCCCACAUUGAGCGCCUGCUGGCGCUGCGCCAGCACUUCCGCCUGGGCAUCUACUCCAGCGCGACACUGCGCACCGUCAACCGCGCGCUGGGGCUGGUGCGCUCGGAGCUGCUGGCCAUGAGGCAGCAGGGCGUGGAGGGUGAGCGGGCGCUGCGCUGUGUGGCCGGGCGGGGUAGGGUGGGGCGGGGCGAGGCAUAG